AUGGGCUUCCAAUUACUAGCGUUGACUAUUCAGUCAACGUCAUUCGUCUUCGUUCUCCAGAAUCCAGAUACUUUUCAAAAUUGCAGUUCAACUUUGAACCCUACGAUCGAAUUCCUGUUUUCUUCCUUGCUUUCUUCAGAAGCAUAUGGUGCGUGGUUAGGGAUCAUCGAAAGAUGCCAUGGAAUUCCUUGGAGUCUUCUGUUAGGAACUAGAGUUCGAUGUCAGUGCAAAGAGAAGAAAUCUUAUUGUUCUUUUUCCUUUGACAUUAUGAAGACUCAGUUUCGCCUUUCGGUUGGAUUCUUUCUGGUGCUGCUUAUUUUUUACUGCACCUGUGUUGAUUCGAAGGUGGAAGAAAGUGCAAACACCAGCCUAGAUUCGAAAACACUCAAUAAAGGAAAUGAUGGAAGCAAGAAGACUGGGUCUAAUAUGGUUCUCGAUUCUGUUGCUGCUGGUAAGGAAAAGAAGGAUGGGCAUCAAGUAAGCGUCUUAAAGGAGGGCGGCGUUCAGAGCAGUGGGGAUAGGAUUAAGAAGAAUUCUGAAAGUGAACCAGCAUUGGAAGAAGGUCCAAAUAAAGUAAAGAAGGCCGGUGGUUUAGUUGAGGAAGGAAAGAAUAAUGGUAAUAAAGAAAAGGGGAAGCCGGCCGAUAGUUCAGUUCCAAAGGAAGUGUCUAAGAGUAGUGGGAAGGACGGUGAUAUAGUGUCUUCAGCAUCGAAAAAAAAGGAUGGCUCUUGGGGUGAGGACUGUGAUUCAUCUAAUAAGUGCACUGAUGAGGGAAACAAGCUGGUUGCUUGCUUACGAGUUCCAGGAAAUGAUUCUCCCCAUCUUUCGCUGCUAAUCCAGAACAAGGGGACAGGUCCUCUUACUGUGAAAAUUUCUGCGCCGGAUUUUGUUCAUCUAGAGGAGAAAGAAGUUCAACUUCAAGAGAAAGAAGAUAAAAAGGUAAAAGUUUCGAUAGGUGAUGGAGGAGAUGGCAACAUGAUUGUUCUGACUACAGGAAGUGGCCAUUGUAAUCUCGACUUUAGGGAUCUGAUUGCGCACAAUACUGCUAAUGAUUCUGAUGAUCUUCCAAAGUCCUCACGGUCCAGCUACCUCACAAAACCACAUAUUGUUGCAAUCUUAGCCUUUGCUGUAAUUCUGACCAUUGCAGCUGCUUCAGUGUGCAUUGGCAUCCGUCGGAAGAGUUUCGUAAGUAGCACUUCUAAAUAUCAAAGGCUGGACAUGGAGCUCCCCGUUUCCCUCGCAGGCAAAUCUGUUGCUGACAAUAACGAUGGAUGGGAAAACAGUUGGGAUGACAAUUGGGAUGAUGAGGCACCACACACACCUUCCCUGCCUGUCACUCCAAGUCUUUCGUCGAAGGGCCUGGCCUCACGACGCUUGAAUAAGGAUGGCUGGAAAGAUUAGUUUCAAUUAGCUUCACGCAUACAAACAUGUAGAAGAAAUAGCUCGAGCAAGAAUCCGAUCAUCUGGAAUUUUUUAGUCAAGGAUUUCAUCAUACAAGGUACACCCAUCUCCCCUGUUUUUACUAUAGCCACGCCAUUUUAGACCAACAAGCAUAUGUUAUUGUAUUUGCAUCCAACUUCUGUAAUUAUUAUCGCCCUUCUAUUUUGGGUAGGAGAGGGAUGUGGAGGAUCAGAACCUCAUAUAUAUUCACUUCUCGUAAAGUUUCUACAAUUUUUAUCAAGGAUACCAGAAGAAACUCUCUAUUAUAUAUUUUUUAAAGAGUAGUUUAUUACCACGCCAA